AUAUAUACACAAACACAACAAACAGCUGCAGACAACACCACUAAUUGUUCACACCACUGCAAUGCCAAAACCUCAUCAGACCUCGUUCCUCUUCCUCUUCUUUGCGUUCCUGAUCUUGUUCGGCUGCUUCUCUCACAGUGCUGAAUCCUCAAGGUACGAUCAAGAAGAGCUGCAGUGGCUGGACGACAAGGAUGAUGAAAUCAGCAUGGUCCAAAGCAGGCACUCAGCCCUCACCACCUGUGAUUUUAGCAAAGGAAAAUGGGUUUAUGAUCAAACCUACCCUCUCUAUGACGCCGCCACCUGCCCUUACCUUAGCACCGCCGUCACCUGCCGGAAAAACGGACGCCCCGAUUCCGACUACGAGAAGUGGAGAUGGAAGCCUGAUGGUUGUUCCAUUCCGAGGUUCGAUGCACUGGAUUUUCUUGGAAGGAUGAGGAGGAAGAGAAUAAUGCUAGUUGGUGAUUCCAUAAUGCGGAACCAAUGGGAGUCUCUGGUAUGCUUAGUUCAGUCAGUCGUCCCCCCUGCACGAAAGACGGUCAUCUACAACGGCCCUACGAUGGCCUUCCUCGCUCUGGAUUUUGAGAUGUCAAUUGAGUUCUGCUGGGCUCCUUUCCUGGUGGAGCUGCGACGAGGGGCGGACGGGAAGAGAAUACUGCACCUGGAUUGGAUAGAAGAGAACGCAAAGUACUGGAGAGGAGUCGAUGUUCUUGUGUUCGAUUCGGCUCAUUGGUGGACACAUUCAGACAAAUGGAGCUCAUGGGACUUUAUGAUGGAGGGCAAUAAUGUGUACAAAAGUAUAAAUCCCACAAUUGCUUAUGAGAAAGGAUUGACAACAUGGGCAAAGUGGAUAGACUUAAAUCUUGAUCCCAGAAGGACUAGAGUGUUCUUCAGAAGUAUGUCACCCAGGCACAACAGGGACAACGGCUGGAAGUGCCACAAUCAGAGGGAACCCUUGGAGUCCUUCAUCCGGCCCCAUAUCCCGGAGCAACUGAUAGUACUGGAAAAGGUGGUGAGGAGGAUGGAAUUCCCGGUGUACAUUCAGGACAUAACGACAAUGUCAGCUCUCCGACGAGAUGGGCAUCCAUCGGUGUACGGUCGGGCGUCGGGCGACAAGAACAACCAGCAACUGAAAGAUCGUAGUUCUGACUGCAGCCACUGGUGCCUGCCCGGAGUGCCUGAUACCUGGAAUGAAAUCUUGAAUGCUGUGCUUUGAUUAGGCAGCUAGGGUUUAAGGUUUGUUUCGGAGCUUCUUAUGUUCUAUGGUUGAUAAGUAGACAAGAGCAUGUUGUGAUAGUAAAUGGUAGCAGCUCAUGAGUGUGUCUAGUGUCUUUUUGUUUCUUGUUAGUUGUGAGAAAUGGGCUAUGUUUGUCUAUCAGGUGGCAUUGUUAUGGUAGUAAUGUAAUCA